AUGGUUUACUAUCACACAUCUGGAAAUGUAAAAAUACUUAGAAAUAUAAUUAUUGAUUACGAAAAUACUAGCGAAAUAUCUCCAUAUGAGUAUAUGAAAAGUUACAUAGAAAAAUGUCCAGAAUCGAUUGAGGAUACCAAAUUGUCAUGGAUUGCAGAAACUUUCCUAAGUUUACAGAAACAUCAAGAGUUUCUAAAGGAAAUCGUAACACAUUUUGCUGAAGAACUUUCAAGUGAAGAACAAGAGUACUUCCUGAUUAUAUUCCACGCUGUUGUUUUCCGCACAGAACCAAAAGACAUGCAGUAUCUUUAUAAAUGCCUUUUCAAUCUAUGUAAACCUUUAUUAAACACAUUCACAAAAUUCUUAAGUAAUAAUGAACUUUUAACUUUCAUUUCACAAGUAGCUCAAGCUUAUUAUGAUACUAAUUUUAUAACGGAAAAAAUUAUAGGACCACUUUUUGAGUGGCAACCUUAUAUCAGUGAAAUGGCACAUAAUUAUGCAGAGUAUGUAAAAAAAAUAGAGACGAGAAGACUAAGACUGCCCACAAUACCAGUUCAGAUGAAUGUUUUAAAUCGUAAAAGUAAGGAUGUGCCUACUACCCCAAUACCAUCACAACAUCUUUUGCCCCCGGCUACUCCACCAAACUCAGUACUCACUAAAAAGAAGAAGAUGCUUACAAAAAGUACUAUUGAUCAAAAGUUAAAAAUAAUUCAUGAAAAAAAUAAACAAAAAGCAGCAAAUCUACUGAAUAAUGUAAAAAGCAAAGACUACCACUAUGCUCAAACUGCUAAAUCUGAGAAAUAUCAUAAAACUAUUUCAAAUGUGAAAGAAGAAAUCGAAAACGCUUUUGCUAAACCUAAGCAGAAUUUUUUCAUAAAACACACACCACACAGCAUACCAGUAAAAGAAACAACUGCAACUGUGAAAAGACUUCAGAAAAGAAUGCAAAUGGAAGAAGAUGAGGAAGUUCAGUGGUUACAAAAUGUUAUAUGUUAUAGAAAUACGGCCAAAAUUGAAGAAAUAGCUGAACAAGACAGGCAAGAAAGAGAACGUGAACGAUUAUUAGAUAUAGAAAAAAAACACUUAAUGGGUCUUAUUACUUAUGAAGAGGCAGUACUUGCUAAACAGAAUUUGGUUGCUGAAAAUAAAAAAAAAUAUGAACAGUUUAUCAAAGAAAAACAGUCGUGGAAUGAAAAAAUUGAAAAGUGGAGAAGAAGCGAAAUUGAAAAAAAUAAAAAACAAAUAGAAAAACAAACCUUAGCAGAAUUUAAUCUACUUCAAGUUAAAAAUGAACUUUCCAUAAAGAAAAAAGAGACAGUUGAAAUGCUAAAGAAAGAAUCCGAGAUGAGGUUAGCAAAAGCUAUGCAAGAAAAACAAGAAGAAUUGGAACGCAAAAUUAAAAUGAUUAAAGAGAUAAAAGUAUUAGAAAUUAUCGCUAAGAAAGCGAAGGUGCCUAAAGUCAUAGACUUAACAGAAACUUCCAGAUUGGGCUUACUUUGUGAAAUGUCAAUAGCUGAGCUACAAGAAAGAUUAAGUUUUAUGAAAAUGGGGUUAAAAGAGGAGCUCGAAAGAAAGAAACAGAAAAUAUACGAAGAAAAAGAAGCCGCUAAACAAAACCUUGAAGAAACAAAGAAUUCUAUUAAGGGCUAUAUGGAAGAACGUGCCGAAAUCCGUAAGCAAAAUAAAAAACUAAACAAUAACAUUACCCUCAAUGUUUCAGACACUAAAAACAUUAGUAAUUUAAAAAAGAUUUUACAAGAGAAACGUGAGAUGCGAUUGAAAUUUAACAAUCCGUUGCCAUUGUUACCAUAA